CCACACACAAGCUCUUGCUCCUUAUAGACGAUCUUUGACGGAAACGGCAAUUUUUUUUGGCGCGCAAUGUUGUGAGUCGGAACUUCAACGCGGGAGUCGCUGUCUUCAGUUGUGGAGUAUUAUUAUUAUUUUACUUUUAUGUACUGUAUUUAACAAUUUUAGUCGUCGAUUUAGCGAUUCGGGGAAGAGUUUGUCGCCAACAUGCAGCGCAGCAUAGCAUCGUUCUUUCAGCCCAAGACCAAGGACAAGGAUGUUCAGAAGAAAGCCAAUGACAAGCAAGUGAUAAAGCCUGUCAAAAGUCCACUCAAGGCUCAAAAUGGAGUUCAGGAGGAGGACUCGCCCGUCAAGAAGGUUCCCAAACGUACCCGGCGGAUUUUAGACAGUGAUGACGACGAGCAAGAAGUGAACCCCACCAAACAACAAGUCAAAGAGGAUUUGUUCAAGGCAGUGCCCGCCCUGAUGUCUCCGCCACCACCUCCCCGGGCCCCCGCCACGCCCGCCACACCCGCCUCUCCCGCCUCCUCCAUGUCCCCGGAUACUCCCAACUCUGUCUCAUCUUCUGGGGGCAUCAGCAAACGGAAGACAGCAAGGAAGAUGUUUCCCAAAAGAAAACUGGCCGACAGCCUCGCCGGCAGCGACGGUCAACCGCAGGAAGAUGCCACCAACACGCAGACUGUGCCGACGGCCGAGGGACAACCGAGCAAGCGAGCCCGUGUGGAAGACGGUGACGAUGACAACAACACGGAAAGGAAGAUGUUUCUCAAAAGAAAACUGGCCGACAGCCUCGCCGGCAGCGACGGUCAACCGCAGGAAGAUGCCACCAACACGCAGACUGUACCGACGGCCGAGGGUCAACCGACCAAGCGAGCCUGUGUGGAAGACAGUGACGAUGACAACAACACGGACAAGGUCACAAAGCAAGAAAGAGACGAUGAGGCAGAGGCGAAGAGGCAGGUGAGGAUGCCGGACAAAAACCAAGAGGAAGCAGAGGAUGUGGAAAAAAAGCUCGAAGAUGGUGAAGAGGAGAAGAGGGAUGUAAAAGAGCCAAAAGAGAAAGCCAAGAAAGCGCCAGUCAGCAGCUUCUUUGCUCCUAGAAAGGCUUCAGUGAAGACCGUGAAGAAACGUGAUGGAGAGAAGAAAAACAAGACAACAACUUCCCCAUCUGUGGAGGACAGCAAAGAUGCACAAAGUGAGUCACUGGUGACCGAGACGGAUUACAACCCUUCCAGAACCAACUACCACCCACUGGAGCACGCCUUCUGGAAGGAAGGACAAAAAGUCCCUUACCUGGCGGUGGCUCGCACCUUUGAGAAGAUUGAAGAGGACUCUGGCAGACUGAGGAACAUCGAAACUCUGGCCAACCUGUUCCGCUCUGUGCUACUGCUUUCUCCAGACGACUUGCUGUGCUGUGUAUACUUGUGUUUAAACCAACUGGGACCCGCCUAUCUUGGCCUGGAGCUUGGGGUUGGAGAGACGGUGCUGAUGAAAGCUGUCGCGCAGGCCACGGGACGACAGCUGGACAAGAUCAAGGCAGAGGCUCAAGAGCGCGGAGACCUCGGUCUGGUGGCCGCGAGCUCCCGAAGUAACCAGCGCACCAUGUUCAGGCCAGCCAGCCUCACAGUGGGUGGCGUCUUCAAGAAGCUCAAGGAGAUUGCAGGCAUGAGUGGUCACUCGGCCAUGAAUAAGAAGAUUGACAUCAUCAAAGGACUCUUCGUGGCCUGCCGUUUCUCCGAGGCUCGCUACAUCGUGAGGUCACUAGUGGGAAAGCUGAGGAUUGGAUUGGCCGAACAGAGCGUGCUGUCGGCAUUGAGUCAAGCUGUCUGCCUCACGACGCCCGAGAAGGGCAACUCCCCCGCCGUGAUAGACGCCGGCAAAGGGAUGACCACUGAGAGCCGACGAGCUUGGAUUGAAGAGAAGAGCCUCAUUCUUAAGCAGACUUACUGUGAGAUGCCCAACUACGACAUCCUCAUCCCGGUCCUUCUCAAAGAAGGCAUUGACCAGCUGCCCAAUCAUUGCAAGCUCACCCCAGGCGUACCCCUGAGGCCCAUGCUGGCGCACCCCACUAAGGGUGUUGGGGAGGUGAUGAAACGCUUCGAUGAGGCGGCAUUCACCUGCGAGUACAAGUACGACGGCGAGCGUGCGCAAAUUCACAUCCUGGAGAGUGGUGAGGUUCAGAUAUUCAGUCGCAACCAGGAGGACAACACCAGCAAGUAUCCCGACAUCAUCUCUCGUAUUCCCAAGGUGAAGAAAGACUCUGUCGUCUCAUGUGUUCUGGACUCUGAGGCAGUAGCAUGGGACCGUGAGAAGAAACAGAUCCAACCCUUCCAGGUUCUCACCACGCGUAAGAGGAAGGAUGUUGAUGCAUCAGACAUCAAAGUCCAAGUAUGCGUGUACGCCUUUGAUCUUCUCUACCUCAACGGAGAGUCUCUGGUUAGACAGCCGCUCUGUCGGCGCCGGGCGCUACUGCGAGAGUCCUUCGCCGAAGUGGAGGGAGAGUUUUUAUUUGCCCGAUAUCUCGACUCAGACAACACUGAGACCAUUGCAGAAUUCUUGGAGCAGUCUGUUCGAGACUCAUGCGAAGGCCUAAUGGUGAAGACUCUGGAGAAGGAUGCCACCUAUGAAAUCGCCAAGCGCUCCCAUAACUGGCUCAAGUUAAAGAAGGAUUACCUGGAGGGUGUUGGCGACACAGUGGACCUGUGUGUUAUCGGCGCCUACCUGGGUAAAGGCAAGAGGACGGGGACCUACGGCGGCUUCCUGCUGGCCUGCUACGACGAAGACAAUGAAGAGUUCCAGUCGGUCUGCAAGAUUGGGACCGGCUUCAAGGAUGAAGAUCUGGAGCAGCACCACAAAUUCUUGAAGGAACACAUCCUGCCCAAGCCCCGCCCCUACUACCGUGUGGACCAAUCGGCUGAGCCCGACGUGUGGCUGGAUGCCGUGCAGGUUUGGGAAGUGAAGUGUGCCGACCUGUCGCUGUCGCCCGUGUACAAGGCCGCCACGGGAUUGGUGGAUCCAGAGAAAGGGAUCUCCCUACGUUUUCCUCGCUUCCUUCGCAUCCGAGAUGACAAGAAACCCGAAGACUCCACCAGCGGAGCUCAGAUUGCCGACCUGUACAAGAAGCAGCAGCAGAUCCAGAAUCAGGGAGACAAAGCCGACACGGAGGACUACUAUUGACCUGAAUAUAUUAUCAAUAAUAAUCCCCGUCAUCAAUAAUUGAUAUCAUUGAUAUCAGCCUGAAUGUAAAUAAUGAAUAACAUUUUGUCAACUUGAAUGGAAAUAAAGGCUCCUUUUCCACA